ACCGCCCCGACGAUUGGUGCUGAUGCUGAGAGAAACCCAUUACAUCAUCUCUCCUCCACCUGAUUGGCUGAAGUGCAAGGCGCACGCAAAGCGGCACGUCUUUGCCAAACAAUCAGGGCUGGUGGAUAUCAAAUGCGUCCUCUUCGCCACACAUUUCUUUAAAAAUAAAUCCCUUCAAUCCUUUCGUGUUGCACUCGUUUGAAAGGAUGGCGGAAAGCGAGGUGGACACGCCGAGCACCCCGAUUGAAUACGAGAGCAAAUACUUCGAGUAUCAUGGAGUUCGACUCCCUCCUUUCUGCAGGGGCAAGAUGGACGAGAUCGCCAACUUUUCGUUAAGAAGUAGCGACAUAUGGAUCGUUACCUACCCCAAAUCAGGUACCAGUUUGUUACAGGAGGUGGUGUAUCUUGUGAGUCAGGGUGCGGACCCAGAUGAGAUCGGGCUCAUGAAUAUUGAUGAGCAGCUUCCCGUGUUGGAAUAUCCACAGCCGGGUUUGGAGAUCAUCCAGGAGCUGACAUCACCUCGUCUAAUCAAAAGCCACCUGCCGUAUCGUUUCCUGCCUACAGCGAUGCACAAUGGAGAAGGCAAGGUGAUCUAUAUGGCCAGGAACCCUAAAGACCUGGUGGUGUCCUACUUCCAGUUUCAUCGCUCUUUACGAACCAUGAGCUACCGGGGUACAUUCCAGGAGUUCUGCAGGCGAUUCAUGAACGAAAAGUUGGGAUACGGCUCCUGGUUUGAGCAUGUUCAGGAGUUCUGGGAGCAUCGCAUGGACUCGAAUGUUCUCUUCUUGAAGUAUGAGGAUAGUUUUAAGGAUCUGGGGACCCUGGUGGAACAGCUGGCUCGCUUUCUUGGCAUCUCGUGUGAUAAAGCCCAGCUGGAGAGCAUGGUGGAGAGCUGUAACCAACUCAUCGACCAGUGCUGCAACUCUGAGGCCCUGUCCAUCUGCCGGGGUCGUGUUGGGCUUUGGAAGGACAUUUUCACUGUGUCUAUGAAUGAAAAGUUCGAUGCUGUUUACCGACAGAAGAUGGCAAAGUCUGACCUUUGA